GUGGCUCAUUCGCAACGCGACCGCCGCUGCGAACGGUCCACAUGCUGGUCGACCUCCGUUGUUUAAUUGAAUAUUCUUGCGUUUUGUUUUUAUAUAAUUUAAUAUUUUAUAAAAUAAUAGAUUCCUUUGUGAAAGAUUUAAUGAUAAGUGUCUCGGAUAUGUGGAAUUUGGACGUUGAUGAAGAUUAUGAGUGAUAUGUGAUUUUUGUUUGUUUGUACAAUUAUUUAUUCAACCUGUGAUAUUAGUUGUAGUAAUUGUAGAGAAAUGGCGGUACAAGGAGUGAUCACUAUAAAUCAUAUGCGCCUGCAUCGUUGUGAGGGCUGUACAGCGGCGUGCGGGCGCGACGGCCGCGCCGCGCCGCUGACCGGCAUAAACAGGUGUUCACCGUCGUUCAUAUCAACCAAGUGCCUGUUGAAAAGGCAUUACUCUUUCCAAAGGAAACAAACGCUGAAACGCACCAGGCGCUCGCCGCACUGCACGAGCCGCCACAAAAUGGCGGAGCCGUCGGCGCCCGCGCCGCCCGACAACUCGCCGCCGAUGCCGUGGUUCGGCAUGGACAUCGGAGGCACCCUGACCAAGCUGGUGUACUUCGAACCACGCGAGACCAAUAGACGCGAGAUAGACAAAGAGACUGAGGUGCUGAAGAAUAUAAGGAGGUACCUCACGAGGAACUCCGCUUACGGCAAGACGGGCAGGCGUGAUGCUCAUCUCCAGAUGGACAACGUGACAAUCCGAGGCAGACGUGGCACACUGCACUUCAUCAGGUUCCCCACAUCGGAGGUGGGCGCGUUCCUUCAGCUCGCCCGCUCCAAGGGAAUGGCUGAUCUUGUCAACACUAUAUACGCGACCGGCGGGGGCGCUUACAAGUUCGAGGAGGACUUUAUUAAGGAAGUGAACAUGCGUCUGUCAAAAAUGGACGAGUUGGACGCUUUAAUAGCUGGCGUUCUGUUCGUGGACCAAAUGUACGCCCAGGAGUGUUACUACUGGGCGCCGAGGGACGAGCCCGCGCCUGCCACUGACUCUCCGCCGUAUUCGGAAGCGGCGUUGAGCGUUUACGUGAGGAAACCGUUCAACUUCUCCAACCCGUACCCGUUCCUGCUGGUGAAUGUCGGCAGCGGCGUCUCGAUGCUGGUGGUGAACGGGCCCGAGGACUAUUACAGGGUCAGCGGCACAAGUCUCGGCGGCGGCACCUUCCUCGGACUGUGCUGCCUGCUGACAGGCUGCAGCAGCUUCGAGGAGGCGAUAUCCCUCGCCGCGUCCGGGGACAACACGACCGUGGACAAGCUGGUGCGGGACAUAUACGGCGGUGACUACGCUAGGUUCGGUCUGCCCGGCGACCUGGUGGCUAGCAGCUUCGGCCACAUGUGCUCGUCUGACCGCCGGGCGAAGGUCUCCCGCGAGGACCUGGCGCGCGCCACGCUGGUCACCAUCACGAACAACAUCGGCUCCAUAGCGCGGCUGUGCGCCAGCAACGAGGGCAUCGAGAGGGUGGUGUUCUGUGGCAACUUUCUCCGCGUGAACCCGCUCUCCAUGAAGCUGCUGUCAUACGCCAUGACCUACUGGUCCAGGGGCUCCUUGAAAGCGCUGUUCUUGGAGCACGAGGGGUAUUUCGGCGCCGUAGGUUGUCUGUUACACCUGAACGGGCGGAAGGGUAGUGCGCACGCGCAUGCCAAUAGCAACGCAGAGGACAGAUGAGCUCACGUUCGGCUAGAGAGCAAUAAAGACCGAGGGUAACAACGGGGUGACCGCUUACCAUCGGGUAGCGGGUUCGCAGAUCAUAUUUAAACAUUCAGAUUUACUGUGAAUUGUGAUUAUUAUUUUAUGCGGGGUUAAAUUGUAAAACGAAUCAUUCGGUCAUUCAUAUAUAUCACGUUUGUAUUCUUUGCGGGGUAGAUAGAGAAAGCUGUGUUGAUAGACUGAUAGGCCACGUUCAGCUGUUAGCUGCUUAAAGAUAGAACUGAGAUUAGGAUUGAGAUAAUAUUUAUAUAUUAAUAGUAUGUUGAUUGUAUUGUCAAUGGAUUUUAAUAUUUUUGUUAUUCGGUAGUCUACUUAGACUAUUGGCUCUGUCUACCCUGUGAGGGAUACAGACGUGACUAUAUGAAUGUAUGUUCGGUAGUCUAUACCAUAGUAAUUUGAACACAAUUGGCCUUUCAGUCUUUUCGAGACUAUCGGCUCUGUCUACCCCGUAAGGGAUUAGACGUGAUUAUAUAAAUAUGUUAAUCAUCGUUACUAUUGGUAUAAUUGUUUUUAAGUCUUGAGCUCCAGAUAGAUAUUUUAUUAUUCAGAUUUAUUUAAUUGGAAAUAUGUUUAUUUUGUUUUUUUAUAUAGGUACUUAGUGAAAUUUAAAAGAAGAAAAAAUAUACUGGGUACAACAAGUCACAAAAUUCUUUUUUUGGUUGAUGCAAAAUGUAAUAUAAGUUUAUAUUGAGGUUGGAACACAUAAAGAUUAUUUAUUACGCAUAAAAUCUUCUGACAUAAAAAGCAAUUGUUAUAUUACAGUUGCGUAAUUUCGAAACGGUACCUACACAUAUUUUUUUUACGCAUAACUUAGUUUUGUCGUAAAUUUAUUAUGAAAAAAAAAAAUGGUAUUUAGUAAAAUUAUAUUAUAUUGCAUAAAAAUUUGAAAAGUAAAAUCAAUGGGGUUUUAGUGGCAUGUGUGCCUUUUUAAAUAGUGCAAUUCGUUGGCAAGCGUGAUCGUUCAAAUUAAUUUAGAAUUCGGACGUAAUUAUGUCAAAGGGACCGGCUAAUUUUGUCGUAUAAAAAGUAACAUGAAAUUACUUGAUUUUACACUGUCGUAAUUAAGAAUUAAACGUAAAAAGCGAGGUCGCAUUAUCCUAAUUUUACAUACAUAUAGUCACGUCUAUGUCCCUUGCGGGGUAGACAGAGCCAACAGUGAGAGACAAAACUGAGAGGCCACGUUAUGAUGGAUUCAUGUUGGAAUUUAGAUUCAAAUAGUGACAGGUUGCUAGUCCAUCGCCUACCUACAAGUUUAUAAGCCUAUCCCUUGGUCGCCUUUUACGACCACACGGCACCGGAUCCAGAUUGCACUAAACAAAAAAAUGGCGGUCCAUCUAAAUUAUCUGCGUUGUAAGUUACCCAAGGUCGUAGAAUAUAAUGUAAAUAUUUAUUCGGGUUUAUAGUAAAAAGGUUUCAGGUCAUCAUGCAUAAAUAUUGUUUUGCAUAAUAGUUCGUCAUAAAUGUAAUUUAAAGAUUGUUAAAUUAAAAUUACUUGAGAGAAAUGUAUAAUAAAAAAAAAAUUAGGUGAAUUUAUUAUGGCACGGCCACUGCAUUGAUCAAAACUUACCUUUUACACAUCGGUACUGUCACCUGCAGGGACACCUGACCGCUUUAAUAUUGGUUUGUAUUUUGAUAUAUGUAUUUGACUACGGGCGACUGUAGAAUAUUUGUAACGAAAACUCUGUCCGAGCUUUGAACGUCAUCUUGGGAAGUAUCUAAACGUUCUAUUUAUGUGUGUGACAGAAUUCAUAUGAAUUAUGUAUAGAGAUCGGAUAAUCGGAUGCAUAUUUACCUAAACUAAUAUUUCGGCUAAGAAAGUAUGGAGGCGGCUUCUUGCUUUCGGGAUUCGAAUUAUUUUGAAUCCCUGAAAUUUUAUUAAACAAGAAAUUGAAACUUAUCGUAUAUUAGGUAUGAUAAACACCUUUAUAAACAUAAGUGAUGGAUAUUUAUUAAAAAAUUACCUACUUACCGGGAUUCCAGAAUUAUACCACGUGGUUUUUUUUUACAGAAGUACGUUCCAUACUAAUCCAAUACCCCUACUUUAGGUAAAUAUGCAUCCGAAUAUCCGAUCUCUGAUUAUGUACUAUAUAUAUGUAUUAAAAGUAUAUGAAAUUUAAUUUUACAGACAGUAACUUUAUAUGGCUACACUUGGGCAUGUCGAUUUUCAUUGUCAAUAUCAAAUAUUGGGGAAAUUAAAGUUUUUAAAUUUAUACUUUAUUUCCUAAUUUCUUUUUGUUUUACAUUUCACUUUUUAUAUCUUAUUUGUUCAUCGGACAAGGUUUUUGUUACGUUUAGAUACAUUGUUAUAAUUGAACCAGCUGCCAAUGCUUUUAGGAAUUCCCACUGGAGCGAAGUCCCGGUAUAAAAUUUAUCACAAAUGUAAUUAUAGUGACGUUGUUUAAGCAUAAGAAAUCUUGAAAAAACGUCUGUACAUUUUGGGAUGUUUACAUGAACAAUUAUGUGAGCCGGGAAACUAUGUAGUUCUUAGACGUAAUUCCUGGUAUUCACUUUAAAUUGCGUGAAGAUACUAUGCACAAAUUACUGUUAUUCGCGUCUUUUUUGGCGGAGAUCCAAAACGAGAAAGAUCACGUUACGAUUCCCGCCAAAAUUUGACAGAUGUCAAAAUGGACCGAGGAAUAUAUUUUUUUUUAGGAUUUCUCUCCUUUUACUUCCGGAUGCCGUUGAUCAGAAAGGUUAGUGCGAGUUUUACUUACUCGACGCGUUUCGCCCGAAAAAACGCUAAAACUCACACUAACCCUUCUGUUAAAGGGAAUUUUAAAUGUACCUAUAAUAUACUAGCCUUAGAAAGGCGAUGCGAAUGAUAAAAUACUCUGUAUGUUUGCGCCAGAUUGAUUGAGAGUACUUUUGUAACCGCGUGGUGCCUCGUUUUAGAAGUCAUAGAAAAGUUAGCUUAUCAGAUUUGAAAGAGGUAAGUAAGUUAGAGGGUUGUUUUAUGGAAUUGUAACUCAAAGAUAUUGUAUAAUAUCUGGACGGCCUCUGUGGCGCAGUAGUAAUUCGCUUGUCUGUGACACCGGAGGUCCCGGGUUUCGGAUCCCGGUCAGGGCAUGAUGAGAAACUAAUUUACUCUGAUUGGCCCGCGUCUGGAUGUUUAUCUAUAUAUAAGUAAUUAUUAUAAAAUAUAGUAUCGUUGAGUUAGUAUCUCGUAACACAAGUCUCGAACUCAAGGCUAACUUAAUUUGUAAUAAAUACAGACCAUCUUUUUAAAUUUUACCUAUUUAUGUUUUAUGAUUUCUCCUGUAAAAAUAUAAUCUUAUAUAUUUAAUGUCAACAAACUAAAUUAUGAUCCGAAUUUGUUACCAUUGGUAGCUUUGUAACAAUGGUAACUCAACUGGUCAGUGUUGCCAACCCCUCUUAGUUUUUAUCUGUAGAAUUAUAGAUUUUUCGACUAAAUGAAUUUUUCUUUUUCUAUAUGUAUGUGCUAUUUCGGUAAAAAACUUGUUACACGAAGAAUUCUUUAGUCUUAACAUUUGCCUGCAAUUUAUGAAUAGUAGGUAAUUUUACUCUACACUGGGGUUGAAAAUGCUGCAUAUGCACCUCACAAGUCAACGAAGUACUCUUUGAAUCACACUUUUGUAUCAAUUGAGGUUAGUUUUGACUAUGGAAACGGUAUUUUAGAUAUGUGAUAUUAUCCUUGUGCGAAAAACUUCAUCGUAGGCAGUGGAAUUUGUAAAAAAAUAUUGAUUGAUAGAAUUAUUUUGAUGAAGGAUGGACGUGUGUGACAGACAAUUGUCAAAAAUCUUUGAUUUAUAGUUUCUCAUUGCCUAUGUAGUUUACAGAUUAUUAAAAUAAUGUCGUUUGACAUGAACUUUUCUUCUUUUUUUUUGUAUAUUAACGCAGGUUUAGCAUUUAUAGUGAACUAUGUGCGCAACGUGAUGUAAAAUUUGGGCUAUUUAAUGUUUUAUAUUAUAGAAUUAAAACUAUUAUUACAA